AUGUCGACAGCAUCUACUCAGUCCCGAGGAGUCAACCGACGGAUCAACAGUAUCCAGAAUGAAGGUCGCCAUUCGCGCAACUCCUCGGUCUCGCGCCGCCGCCCUCUCAGCGCCAACGUCGCUAGCAGCCACGCUCUCCGUGUAGCCUACCUGGCCUAUCUCCUCAGCCCUCGUUCGCGUCGCAUCCAAAAUGCCCCAGUCGCCCCCGCACGCCCAAAGCGGUCGUCCACCUCGAUCCACGAUUUGAUGAGCGACUUCUCCCUAAUCAGGGAUUCGAAAAGCACAAGGAUUCCCCAUGGAUUUGUUGGCGAGCUCGAAAAGCGCUUGACGGGGGUCUUGAUGGGCAAGGAGAAGAGGAAGGAAUAUCAGGACCCUCUGGUGGUGCGCACUUUCGCUGCCUUCCUCAAUGCGCUGAAAGAAGAUUCAUUCAAAAAGCGCAUGGAGAAAGAUCGUCGCGCCGAAGAUCUCGUCCUCAUCUUCUAUUCCAACGCCAUCAAGGAACUGAGCAAGGGCAAGGAACAUGACGAUGAUAGCUGGAAGCUCAUGGUGGACCGACACGUUGCCCUCUUCGUGCGCCUUCUGGCGCUCACUCUCAAGGGCCACGGCCACGACUGGGCCAAGGACCGCCCGGAGCUGGCGAAUCGACUGUCUGUGCUGGAGAAUAAGCUUCUACUGCAGGAUCAGGAUCUAAUGGAAGGUAAUGGCCCAGCAACAACGGAGGUCGUGGCCCAGCUGAGUUACGAUGUCAAGGAUAUGCCGCUGGUGCAGCAUGUAGCCAAGAUCUUUGGUAUGACAUCAAGCCAAGCCCAAUCGGAAAUCGAUAAGCAUAAGUCGACGUGGAGCGAAAAGGCAGCAUUGCAAGAUCUCAAGACCUAUCAAACACAUCUCAACCUUCAGACUCACAAAACGUUAUCGAGGGAUGACUUUGAGACGGACGAAGCUUUUGAAUCAUGGAAGAAAAGCGAAGGACCCGAUCUCUCUCAGAUGAUGCUCGCCAUUGUUCAAUCGAACCCCGAGCUAGCAAAGAGUACACCUGGGGCACUUCCUGGAAUCAAUCCAGCUUCUGAAGAUGACUUAUUGAGGACAUCCUCUGGUCGUUCGGCUCGGAUGUCUCAUGCCUUCGAUCAACCCGUCGACUUAUCUGCACUCUCAUUAGAGAUAUAUCGGCACAUCCUCUCCCAGACUCUGAGCCACGACCUACGGGAUCGAGAAUUAGAGGCUAGCCAGGCCUCCUCCGAUGCACCGUCGAUGAAGUUGCUGUCAAAGCAGUCUACAGAGCUGCUUAAUGAAAUAUGUCUCCGCUGGCGGAUCCCUAAUUUCUCCCGCAUCGUUUUAUUCAUCGACGUCAUCCAAUCCAAGUUCGUUGACAAUGAAAUCGAUCUCAACACCCUGGACUCAGCCUUCACUUUUGUAAAAGAGUCACCGGCUAGCGAGCCUCGAUCGAAGCGCAGCAGCAUGGCGGUUUCCUCUGUCUUUGACCGCCAAAAAUGGACCAUUCAUGAUCUCCAAGCGAUGCAGGUGUCACUUUCCAAGCUUCAUGAAGCCAUGCUACGCGAACUCUACGACGUGAUGAUGGACUGCUUUGAGGCUAAACCACGUCCUCUUGGACCUGUGAUGUACAUUCUUGAGAAUCAUAUCCAGGAGGAUCCAAGUUAUACAGAAGACCCGGAGGAUCUCGAUCGAUUCUCCUCGUAUGUGCAAGAAGGGCUCGCUCAGAAGGCGACGGAGAAGUACCAAAGUUUCCUUGGCCAGUUAGUGCCAGUCGACGGAGACACUUGGGGGUUCGACAAUGUCAUUGAACUUGGAGACGCACUCACAAAGCUCGCAACCAAGAUCCAGAAGCGGUACAGGAAUAAUCCUGAGAUCAUGGGUGUCAACCCAUACACAACGCUCUGCACCAAUGUCCUACAUCUCUUUGCUGAAGAUGCGCAUGAAAUGAUCAUCCGAAUUAUUGAACGCUCCAAAUCCAGAGGGGAAGAAAUCGACAUUGAUGAAGGCAUGGAUUUGUACAAGCAGCUCGCGACGGUUCGCCGUUUAUUUCAUAAUACUAUCGAGGGAACUGAAUUUCCUUUCCACGUUGAAACUUUGUUGGAAGAAUUUGUUUGGAGGUGGCUUCGUUUAACGGAUCAGAGCGUCAUGGAAUGGGUCAACCAGGCCAUCAAAAAGGAUGCCUUUGGUAUUGGCGGGGAAGACCCGGCUAAUUUGCCAUCCGACGAUAAUCGACACAGUGUCUCGGUAAUCGAUAUAUUCCGGUCAUUCAACGAAAUCGUGGAGAACUUGGUGCAUAUGGAGUGGGAUGACGACCUUCAGUAUGCGAAAUUCAUGACUGCCCUCUCCAACUCAAUUGGCAAGGGCGUGGCAAAGUACUGCGAAUCUUUGGAGCAAAUGUUUGCCCGGGAGCUGGAUCGUCUCACGCCGGAACAGGAGGCGGCGUUGAAUCAGACCACUCAGGAGAAGCUCAUGCAGUUCGCCAAGGACACAUGGACUAACAAAGACAAGAUCGAGCCGUUCCAAUUCUCCUCCGAGUCACUGGUCAAGUUGAACAACAUCGAGUAUGCGCUCACCCAACUGGAUAGGCUUGAGCGUGAAAUCAAUGUCGAUGGAUGUGCGGACGUCAUCGCAAAGAACACCCCUCCGCAGCUGAAGAAGGUGCGCAAAUCUACGACCUACGUUUUCACCAUCAAGGUAGUAGAAGCCGAGGACCUGAAAGCAUGCGACAUGAACGGUGGAAGUGACCCAUACGUGGUCUUGGCGGAUGAAUAUCAAAAACGAAUUGCAAAGACUCGCAUCAUCUAUAACAACCUCAACCCCCGUUGGGAAGACGCAGUGGACAUUACAACGCAAGGUCCUCUAAAUAUCAUUGCCACAAUCUGGGAUUGGGACGCGGUCGGUGACCAUGACUAUGUUGGUCGAACAUCAAUCAAGCUUGACCCGGUCCACUUCAGCGACUUCUUGCCAAGGGAAUACUGGCUUGAUCUUGACACUCAAGGGCGUUUGUUGCUGCGUGUCAGCAUGGAGGGUGAGCGCGACGACAUACAGUUCUACUUCGGCAAAGCUUUCCGCACAUUGAAGCGUACGGAAAGGGAUAUGACGCGCCGGAUCACUGAAAAGCUUUCUGCCUACAUCAGUCACUGUCUGUCACGUCGUACAUUGAAGUCUCUGUUAUCUCGAGGCAUCACCAUGUCAACCGUCUCCAAUUUCUUGAACCGAAACCGAGCACAGCAAGCCCCAGCCGGCCCAACACCAGCAGAUGUUGAAAAUGCACUUGAUCCUCUAUUCAAUUACUUCAACGACAAUUUCGCCAUCAUGAACAAGACGCUCACUGGCGAAGCCAUGAAAAUGGUAAUGGCCCGCCUCUGGAAAGAAGUCCUAGCCACGAUCGAAAGUCUACUCGUCCCACCAUUAUCCGACAAACCAUCCCACCAAAAGCCGCUAACGAUGCAAGAAGUCGACAUCGUCUCACGCUGGCUCUUAUUAUUAUUAAACUUCUUCCACGCCAUCGACGACGAGUCCGGCGAAGCAGGCGGCGUCCCGAUCGACAUUCUCAAAUCCCCCAAAUACCACGAGAUCCAAAGUCUCAAUUUCUUCUACUUCGAGCCAACAGAGAAUCUAGUCCGCACAUCGGAGCGAAUGGCCUCUGCAACAGCAAGUCGCCAACAAGCGAAUCGCAACCGCGCCUCCGCACCCGCUCAUCUCGGCGCUACGGGGCCCGGGCAUGGCGGAUUGGGAAUCCCCGCUGCCCGCCGCGCAAAGAGUAUCAUGUUGUCGCGUAAUCUAGGCACCAUGAAAAAGGUCAAGGAGGAGAAGCGACGCGAGGCACAGGCUGAUCCGAAUGAUGAUAUGAUUCUGCGGAUUCUUCGCAUGAGGCCUGAGGCUGCGGGGUAUUUGCGGGAUCGUAGUCGGCAGAGGGAGAGAUUGGCUGCCUUGGCUGCGGCGGAUGCUAUUGUUAAGCAGAGCUUGAUGGCUGGGGUGGGGGGUCGGAUGAGUGGAACAAUUCCGAGACGCUGA